AUGGCGACCGUUAGAGCUGUGACCGUUGUUGUCUUGUGCACUAUUUUAUUAUUUUCUUUGUUAUUUGCUCAAGGAGCUGCAGAUGGCGUUCUUGGAUGUGGAGGAUUCGUCAAAUCAGACGUGGACAUAAAUUAUUCUUUAGUUGAGGUGAAGUUGUACACACCACAUGGCAGUAUCAAGUACCAGACCGACUGUGCCCCCAACACUGGCUACUAUCUGAUUCCUCUCUAUGACAAGGGUGAUUACAUUCUCAAGGCUGAGCCUCCCAAAGGAUGGGGCUUUGAGCCCGUGAGUGUGGAGCUCAAAGUUGACGGGGAGAAUGACCCGUGCAGUAAAGGUGAAGAUAUCAAUUUUAAAUUCACCGGGUUUUCAGUGUAUGGUGUGGUGGUCAGCCUAGGACAGACAACUGGACCAUCAAAUGUCAAGCUUGAGCUGUCCUCAGUAUCAAAGGCUGACUUUCUGCAGUCAACUGUGACCACAGAUGGGGGGAGCUUCACUUUUUCCAAUGUGAUGCCAGGAGAAUAUAAAAUCAAGGCUUCACAUCCAACCUGGCAGUUCAGUAAGGGAGAGCUGCUGGUGCAAGUCAAGAAUGACAAUGCCAAUGUUGGAGGUGGUCUCUCUGUUGGAGGCUAUGAUGUCAAGGGGGAGGUCACUGGAGACGGCCAGCCCAUGAAGUCAGUGAACUUUGUUCUCUUCUCUCAGUCAGGCCAGGUUCAGAAUGUGCCACAGUGUGAGAAGGGGGCUCCAAAAGGGUUUCUUACGAAGGAGACCAAGUUAACACCUAUUUGUUUUGUGACUUCCAAAGAUGACGGGACAUUUGUACUCCCUGUUGUACCUUUUGGGUCGUAUUUUUCUGGUGAGUGCGGAUGCUUGAAUAUAUUUUCUGAUUGUGUUUGUCACAUACAGAUCCCAUUCUACAAGGGAGAGCACAUUACAUUUGAUGUUGCCCCUGGAAAGUUAGACUUCACUGUUGAGCAUGGUUCUGUGCUUCUGCAGCAAAAAUUUGAGGUUGCUGGAUUCUCAGUCAAUGGAAAAGUGUUGGAUAAAGAGAAUGGCGUGGGCAUCGCAAAAGCCACCAUCGUUAUCAAUGGGAAGGAUCAGACGGUGAGUGCCGCCGAUGGCAGCUACAGCCUGGAGAACAUGAAGACUGGCACAUAUACGUUGACUGCCAGGUUGGACAACAUUUUUUUUGAGGAAAUGCAGGUUGAAAUAACACCCAAAACACCACAGUUGCCAAAUCUGGUAGCCUCUGGUUUCAGCAUGUGUGGGAAGAUUAGCAUUGACAGAGUUCCAGAGAGUUUAGGCAAGCUCUCCAGUCAACGGAGAAUUAUUUACUACCCAGAGGGCAGGGGGUCAGAAGCCAAGUCUGUGGUAACAGACUCCAGUGGAACAUUCUGUGAAACUGUGAAGCCGGGGAAGUACAUGGUUAAGGUGUACAUGAGUGAUCCGGAGGUCAAGGCUGGACUAACCUUGACCCCAGCAGAGAAGAUGGUAGUUAUUACCAACAAACCCGUGCUUGAUGUCAACUUUUCACAGUUCCGGGCUAAACUCUCUGGCUCAGUCAAGUGUAUGGAGAAAUGCCUGCCACUUGAAGUGACACUGGACACAGUUGGCAGAACAGACACCCAGUUGAAGGUGCCAGCCAAGCUGUCUAUCAACGAGGCCACAUUUUUGUUUGAGAAUGUCAUGCCAGGAAAGUACAAAGCCUCCAUUGUAUUGGACAGUUGGUGCUGGAAGGAGCGGUCCAUCGAGCUAGAAGUGUCAGACACUGAUCUGACAGGGCUGGAGUUUGUCCACACCGGCUACAUUCUCAAGUGUAGUGUGUCGCACCCCAUCACCAUUAAUUUUGCUCAUGACAAGAAGGAGAAGAAUGUGGGUUCCUUCCUCUUGGACAAAGGUUUGAACCGCUUCUGUCUGGCCCAUCCAGGUGUCUACCAGCUGACCCCGGACUCAUGUCAUCGGUUUGACCAAGAGCAUUACAUCUAUGACACGUCCAACCCCCAGACACUGACCCUGACCGCCGUCCAGCACCUGGCUCAUGGAUCUGUCACCACUGAAGUCCCCGUCGAUGACAUCAUCAUCACUAUCAAGUCCUCAGUGGAUGAUGUCCCUACAACACUAGGCCCACUGAAGCCAAAUGUGACAGCCACUGCUGCUGCGGCAGCCAAGCCUGGGGAUGGGGUGGACAAAGAUGGGAAGAAACAGUCAACUACAACAGUCUACAGCUUCUCUCACUGGACCAGGUCAGGAGAGACAUUGACCAUCUCAGCCAAGUCUGCUAGUCUCCUGUUCUACCCCAGCUCUGUGGAGGUGUUUGUCAGCGGAGAUUCUUGCCUUGGCAACAUUGUGGAACUGGUUGGCCGCCGUGGGGUGUUCAUUGAAGGCAGUAUCAGCCCGCCCCUGGCUGGUGUCACCGUGACAGUGACUGCAGAGGAUGGCAGCAUGGAUCCUGUGGUGCUGACCACCGACAGCAGUGGCAAAUACAAGGUGGGACCUCUUCAUGCCAGCAAGAAGUAUCAAGUGGAUGCAGUCAAGGAAGGCUUUGUCUUCUCUAAAGCCAGUGACAACCCCAGCACAUUCCAGGCUUUGAAGCUCGGGGAGAUUUCUGUUCAGAUGCUGGACGAGGAGGGACUUCCCUUGCCUAAUGUGCUGCUGUCUUUGAGUGGAGACAAGCAGUACCGGUCCAACAAUGUCACUGGAGCACAGGGCAGCAUGAUCUUCUCUGGCCUCAGUCCAGGGCAGUACUUUCUGCGACCAAUGAUGAAGGAGUACAGGUUCGAACCUGCAUCACAGAUGAUCAACGUCCAGGAAGGGAGCACGGAGAAGAUAACCAUCAAAGGGGCCAGAGUUGCUUUCAGUUGUUUUGGUAAAGUCACCUCCCUGAAUGGAGAGCCUGAGCCCCAUCUCAUCAUCGAAGCUCUGGGCCAGGGGGAGUGCCAGCAGUAUCAGGAGGAGAGCAAGACCGAAGCAGACGGCUCCUACAGGAUACGGGGGUUACAGCCAAAGUGUACCUACGACAUCCACUUGAAAUCAGGGGACGUGAACACACACAUAGAGCGCACUGCCCCCCAGUCAAGGCUUGUCAGUGUUGAAGCCUCUGACUUACAUGAGAUCAACAUCAUUGCUUUCCGACGCAUGAGCCAGAUGGACAUCAGUGGCAAUGUCAAGACAGAUAUCAAGUUCCUGCCUACAUUAAAGGUUCGCCUGGUCAGCGAGGCCCAGCCGGACACACCCAUACAGACGAUUUCUCUCAGCAAAUCCACUUUCUUCUACCUGCCCUCGUUGGUGAUCGACAACAAGAACUAUUUACUUUCCUUGGAGAGCAGUUUGUCCAGGUCUGAGUACGACUACAAGCUGUCUUCUGUAGAGUUCCCUGCCAACAGGUCUCACAGACACUUCACCUUUGAGUUUAACCCUAAGCCAAGAGCAGUUGAUCAAGAUCUCAACCAGGGCUCCUUCCUCUUUCUGCCGUUUGUUGCUAUAGUCAUCGCCCUGGCCUACAACUACAACACUGUGAUUCCUUAUGUCCUUGGUUUGUACCAGCAAGUUCAGAGUACAGCACUGAAGUCUCCAUCAGCAGCUUCAUCAUCAUCAGCAUCGUCCUCGUCAUCUACAGCCGCGGCUUCCCCUUCUGAUAUCCCCAUCCCCCCAGAGUUUAUGGGUGCAGAAUCAUCACCGGUGAAGCGAAAAGUGAAACCCAGGAAGGCCCAGUGA